GGUCGGUCAAUAUUAUAUUAUAUGCUUGUCAUGAAUUAAUCAUUAGUAUAUAAUAUGUGAAUCAUGGUUUAAGAGAAUUAUUUAGCUAAUAAGUUCCUCACGGACUCUCUAUUUUUGACUUUGGAUUUUCAUCUCAUUCAUCAUAAGCUACCUUCUCUUGGGAAUAUUGUCAUGUGGGCUCUAAGAGUUCAUGGAUAUGUCUUUGCUGUUUCAUUUUGUUUCAUUACCCUCAUGGCUGCUUCACAAAAAACAGAUCCUUCAGAAGUAAAAGCAUUGAUAGACAUCAAAAAGAGUUUGGUUGAUCCCAUGAACAAACUGAGGAACUGGAAUAAGGGUGACCCAUGUGCAACAAACUGGACUGGAGUUUGGUGUUUUGAUAAGAAGGGCGAUGAUGGUUACUUCCAUAUCCGCGAGCUCUACCUGAUGACUUUGAAUCUCUCGGGAACUCUAUCACCUCAGCUUGGUUCGCUCUCCCAUCUUGUGAUAAUGGAUUUCAUGUGGAACAAUCUGACAGGCACAAUACCAAAGGAAAUUGGACAAAUUACAUCAUUGAGACUCUUGCUCUUGAAUGGAAAUAAAUUAUCUGGUAGUUUACCAGAUGAGCUUGGCAACCUUAAAAAUUUAACUAGACUCCAACUAGAUGAAAACCAAUUGUCGGGUCCUGUGCCAAAAUCAUUUGCUAACUUGCUCAAUGUUAGACACCUCCACAUGAACAACAACUCAUUCAGUGGUCAACUUCCACACGAACUUUCAAAUCUACCCAACCUUAUGCAUUUGCUUUUGGACAACAAUAACUUAACUGGACAUCUUCCACCAGAAUUCUCCAAGUUGCGCGGUUUGGCAAUACUCCAACUUGAUAAUAAUAAUUUCAGCGGGAAUGGAAUUCCGUCUACCUAUGAAAAUCUACCGAGGCUAGUAAAACUGAGUCUAAGAAAUUGCAGUCUGCAAGGAGCUCUUCCUGAUUUCAGUUUAAUACCAAGACUUACAUAUUUGGAUUUAAGCUGGAAUCAGUUCACUGGACCUAUACCAUUAACGAAACUUGCAGAAAAUAUGACAACUGUUGAUCUGUCCCAUAACAAACUCAAUGGAUCAAUUCCUCGAGGCAUAGUAUAUCCUCAUCUUCAAAGAUUGCAACUAGAGAACAAUUUACUGACUGGGUCCUUCCCUGCUACCAUAUGGCAGAACCUAUCCUUCAGUGGGAAGGCGAAACUUAUAAUUGAUGUUCAUAACAACUUGCUCUCUGACGUUUUCGGAGAUCUGAAUCCCCCAGUAAAUGUUACCUUAAGGCUUUUCGGCAAUCCUGUUUGCAAUAAGUCCAACAUACAAAGAAUUGGUCAAUAUUGUGUUCAUGAAGGACGUGUAUCAGAUGAAGAAUUUAAAAAUUCAACCACUGUCUGCCCCAUUCAAGGCUGUCCAACAGACAAUUUCUUUGAAUAUGCACCACCGUCCUCACUUUCAUGUUAUUGCGCAGCACCUCUAAGAAUUGGAUAUAGACUUAAAAGUCCAAGUUUUUCUUACUUUCCUCCCUAUGUAAACAGUUUUGAAUCAUACAUAGCUGAUUCCUUACACUUAAAAUCCUAUCAGUUAUCAAUAGAUUCUUACGAAUGGGAAGAGGGACCUCGUCUUAGAAUGUAUUUAAAAUUUUUUCCUUCAUUUAAUGAUUCUAACUCUCACGAAUUCAAUAUAAGUGAGGUCCUUCGGAUUAGUGGCCUCUUUACAUCAUGGCGAUUCCCUCGCACGGAUUUCUUUGGGCCAUAUGAACUCCUGAAUGUCACUCUUCUGGGACCUUAUGCAAAUAUAAUUAUUCAUACAGUGGACGGAAAGAAAAAAACAGGCAUAAUAGUUGCUAUUAUAUUAGGAGCUGUUGCUAGUGUUUUAGCAAUAUCUGCAAUAAUCAUGCUCCUACUUUUUAGAAGAAAUUCGAAAUACAAGCACUUGAUUUCCAGGAAGCGUAUGUCCUCUAGUGUAUGUAUCAAAGUAGAUGGUGUGAAAUCAUUCACUUUGAAAGAGUUGACUCAUGCUACUAACAAAUUUGAUAUCACAACUAAAGUCGGUGAAGGAGGUUAUGGAAGUGUCUAUAAGGGCAUUUUAUCUGAUGAAACAUUCGUUGCCGUUAAGAGAGCAGGAGAAAAUUCAUUGCAAGGACAAAAAGAGUUCCUGACUGAGAUUGAGCUUUUAUCAAGGUUACAUCAUCGAAAUCUUGUCUCACUAGUGGGCUACUGUAACGAAGAAGGAGAGCAGAUGCUGGUUUAUGAAUUCAUGCCUAAUGGCACCUUAAGGGAAUGGAUUUCUGGUAAAAGUAAAAAAUGCAAGGAAGGCCUAAGUUUUUUCAUGAGAUUACGGAUUGCAAUGGGUGCAUCCAAAGGCAUACUAUAUCUGCAUACAGAGGCUAACCCUCCUAUAUACCACAGAGAUAUUAAAGCCAGUAACAUACUGCUAGACUUGAAGUUUACAGCAAAAGUGGCUGAUUUUGGAUUGUCACGACUUAUACCAUACUCCGAUGAAGAGGGAACUGUACCUAAAUAUGUGUCCACAGUUGUGAAGGGAACACCGGGUUACCUGGAUCCAGAAUAUAUGAUGACUCAUAAGUUAACUGAUAAAAGUGAUGUAUACAGCCUAGGAAUUGUGUUUUUGGAGCUAUUGACGGGCAUGCAUCCAAUAUCACGAGGGAAAAAUAUUGUCCGCGAGGUUAAUCUGGCUUGUCAAGCUGGCUUGAUAGAUUCCAUUAUAGACGAUAGAAUGGGCGAAUAUCCAUCCGAAUGCUUAGACAAGUUCUUAGCUCUAGCCCUCAGUUGCUGUCAUGACCAUCCAGAGGAGAGACCAUCAAUGUUAGAUGUGGUGAGGGAAUUGGAAGACAUUAUUGCCUUGUUACCUGAAACUGAAAUUAGUUUAUCAUCAGACAUUUCUUUAGAUAAUUCUGGUAAAAUGGCACCCUCAUCUUCAUCAUCAACACAAACAUCAGGAUUCAUUACGACAAGAAAGGACCAACAACACAUGUCCUCAUAUGUGUCAGGAAGUGAUCUUGUCAGCGAUGUCAUUCCUACUAUCGUUCCUCGCUGAGGCCUUAUAGUUAUUAGUUUCCCUCACAUCUUCCAAAAAGAAUGUAGUUAUACCAAAUUAAGUAUACAUUUUUUGAUAAUACCAAAGAUAGAGAGUUUAUAGGGAGAUAGUUGCUGUUUCCCAUCCUACACGGGACUUUGUAAAUUUUGUAUUUAUGUAAACAAAUUUGCUGACAAAAAGAAGAAAAAGAACAUUAUCUAUCAUAGGUAAAUGAUACAUAUUUUUAAUGAUCA